UUAUUUUUUUUAUUUUAAAAAACUAUGUUAGAGAAAAAGAAAAAGGUAUUUAGUGGUUCGACACGUCGUUCACGUGGAGCUCCUCCCUCCAACGGGACGACAAAACGACUUUGCUUUCUCAUCCCCCAAAGAGAAGAAAGGAAGCGACGGGCGAUGUCGUGAGAUCUGCACAAAGCAAAAAGGGAACAGAAUUCAAAUUUCUGAAAGAAUUUGGAAAAAACAAAAAAAACAAAAAAUAGAGAAAAUCCAUAGCCAAUGGUGAUGGAAGAUCUUACCGAAGAAGAAAGACGAGCUUUACGCGGAAGCAAGUUCGCUCCUCUCCCAUCGCAAUCCACUUCUUCUCGAUCUCACCCAAGGUUGGCUCAUCCAGGUGGACCAUUGAAAACCAACAAAGCCGCGGCUCUCGCUAAGUUUCUUCACCGGAAAUUGAACCAAGAUCCUAAUGCUCUCUCUUCUAUUAAUCCUCAGAUUUUGGACCUUGCUGUUCGUAAUGCCAAAGCCUCUGUUCAUUCCAGUGGUACAAAUAUCCGGCAUGUGGACACAUUUGAUGACCCUGAGGCUUCUUUUGAUGAAGGGGAAUCUAUGAAUUCUGAGCCUAAGAAACAAAAGAAGAAGAACAAGAAGAAGAAAAAUAAGAAUAAGAAGAAUAAAAGGCAAAAGGUUGAAAUCCCCCUUCUUCAAGCUCUAUAUAAUCUGAUGAGUGUUGCCUCCAUUUUUCCUUAUGUUGAGAUUGCACACUGCAGAUUGUUGAGGACUCCGAGUGUGGCGUUGGGGGAAAACCCAAAAAGAAGUUGAGAUUGUGAGCUUAAAGGGAAGGAAACACAACUGGAGAUAUUCAGUUUUCAGAAGAUUGGAGAAUUAACUUGAAAGGAUGAACCUUUUUGGAAGCAAGGCAGUUAGUAAGCCCUACCGGGUUGCUGUUCCUGAUGUUUUUGAGCAACGAGAACUAUAAAGUCUCAUCAUAUUCACGAGUCUAAAACAAUUUGAUUUCUCUAGUGAAAGAAUGAUGUUUAGCUUCUCUUACUCAUGUUGCAGCAUUCUUUUAGUUUGUUGGCAAAUUGCAACUUUUUUAAAAUCCAAUGACCUGAAUUCCAUUGUUUGUAUGAGAAAUCUUUUCCAUCAUUUAAAUGCCACUUCUACUCAUUUGACAAA